AUGAGUGUCUGUCUCGUGGGAACUUGGGCAAAAGUUUCCAAAUGCGAUGACAGCCUGGAAAUGGCGCAGAAUGUGUUUCUCAGUCGGUCAGUCAAAGUUCAAAAAAAAAUGUUUUUUUUGACUUUUUAUUCAAUUUCUCAUUUUAAUGAGUAUCUACUUAUUCAAAAAAUUCAAGGGACACAAUAACGGCGCUACCCGAAGAUAGAGAAUAUCUGAACGAUUUUCGGAUCCAUCAUCCGGAUGUGAAAGCCGCCCUUGUCGAUGAUAUUGACAAAUUCGACGACGUCUACUUUGGGGUCAGCUUUUCAAUUCGAGGAAAUCCUCUAAAAUUGAUAUCCUCAAGGUUGGCGAAUCGGAAGCGAUUUGUAUGGAUCCACAGCAAAGAAUGCUUAUGCAAGGAGUGAUUCACGCUUUGGAGGACGCAGGUUUUACAUUGAAAAGCAUGAGAAAAAAUAGCGAAUACCCGAAAAAUAAUAACAGGGACUCUUUAGACUAUUUUCUCACAAGACGUUUUCGUACUUAAUCUGAAUUAAAACCCCAGUUCGCAUGCUUUUUCAAAGUUUUUCUUUUUUUUUUUUUUGAUACUUUGUUGCGUGUUUUUUGUAUUUCAAUUUCAAUGGUGAUUUUGAUUGAUCUCGAUUUUUUUCUGAAUUUUUUUUUUUCGUAAAAACUGUAACCCUAAAAGGAGAGCCAGCUGUUGAAUAUUUGCUGAUUUUUUUAAAGUUAGACCUCACAAAAAUCUCUGAUGAUUCAUCCAACUUAUAAACAGUAUCUCAUUGUCAAGCUUACCAGGAAUUCCACUGGAACUCGUGUCUUCUGCAAAGGCAUCAGUGUACACGGCAGCAUGGGCCUACGACUACAAAGAUCUCCUUCCGCCAGAUCAGUACAUGGCGACAGGAAAUUCAGCCAGCGUUAUGUGUGGCAGGUGAUCAAAAUUCAAAUUUUCAUAACUCUGCUUUGAAACCUUAUGAAAAGAUUGUAUUAUACUUUUUUUCAUUCAAAUUAAAUUUUUAAACUUAUGGAAACCUUAUUUUUGAUAUUUAUAUAAUUAUUCAGGUUUUGAACUUUUUAAUUAUGAAGAAAUGAAUAAUUUAAGUUAUAUUCGAAAUAGUGUGAGAAUACUUAAAAAUAUGAAUUUUCACUUCUAAUACAAGAAUCUUCAAAAAAUGACAAAACAUUGAAGUUUUUUUGCAUUUGUUCAAGGAAGCCUUAGAUGUGAUUUUUUUAAAUUUGUUACAAAAUAUAUUUGAAAAACUGUUUUCAUUUUGUCCUAAUAUAAUCUGAAACCUCAGAAUCACGUAUUUCUUGAAUUCACGCGGCGCCGCAGUCGGUAUCGAGACGGCGUGUUCUUCUUCUCUCGUUGCCUUUCACUUGGCUCGUCAAGCCAUUUUGACCGGCGAAACGGAGUUGGCUAUCGUUUGUGGGGCAAACCACGUUGGAUCGAGGUUAGAUCAUUGAAGAGAACAGUUAUAAUCGGCUAAAAUUGAUGAGAAAAGGUAAAACUAGUUACAAAAAAGGAAAAAAUGUUAUGAAAAACUUGAUAAGGAGAAAAAAUGUCAAUAAUUUUUGAAUUUUUUGUUCUAACGGACCACUUGGUUUAAGGAAAAAUAUAUUUCAAGAAGCUUGAGUAAUUCGAAAAAACGUUUCAAAUUGGACUUUUUUUGAAGAUUUCAUCACUAAUCUCUGUUUUAAGGUCAUUUCACUCACUGUACAACUCUCACAUGGUAUCGCCAAACGGACGGCUCGCCGCUUUCGAUCGUUCAGCCAACGGAUUUGUUCGCGCUGAAUCGUUUGCAGUGGCCAUCUUGGCGUCGCGUGAAUUCGCCAAGAAACACGCUUUGCGCGUACUUUGCGAAUGCGUGGGCUCGGCCUACAACAGCGACGGGAAAACGGCUUCGUUGACGGCUCCGAAUCCGAUAGCACAGCACGAAGUGAAUUUUCCGCUCUGAUUUCUGAUUUCAUUAGAUAUAUAAAAAGUAAUUUUAAACGCACAGAACAGUCUCGAUAAAAAGCCGCUUCAAGGCUCACAAACUUUCGGCCUUCUUUAAGUUAUAAACUGAAUUAAACUAUUAGGUUGGCAUGAAAGAAAUGCGGCUCGUUUUUGUCGGCUUAUAAUUCAUCCAAGAAGCAAUAUUAUUUGGAACGGUAUUUUUUGUCGAAAAGGGCUUGUCCUUGGGCGUCAUUGGAUAUAUAGUUUGCUGACGUUCAUUCCGCCUUUCUAUGAGAAAAAUAGCUCUGAAAACUUCCUUUCAAAAACUGUAUUCGCGACCUAGUUUUCGCGUUAUUUCAAAAAGUACAAAUCGAAUUCAGAAGCUUGGCAACUUUCAAUAUUAUGAUCACCAUUGAUGCUUUUUUCUGAUAGUUAACAUUUUGAAUUGCUUUAGCGCUAUUCACUGGGCGAAAAGACCUUUGAAAUCAAAAAACACGAAAAAAUCGACGAUAAAGGCGAUUUUAAAAUGCCAUCAGACUGAAUCCACAACAGAUACCUGUGAAACUGGCUCAUCAGUUAUUACACAUCCAUAUCUGCAAAAGAAAACAGUUUUUCACGCAACGGAGUGCAAAAAAGGAAAAAUGAAAAAUGGCUUCACGAUAUCUCUUUUUCCUUUUUUUUUUGCGAAAAUGUGUUAGCCCAAAAUCAGAAAAAUUGUUGUGCGAAUUUCUUCUUUUCCGCUACAAUGCUUAGACAUGGCUCUUCGCAUUUAUCAUCUGUCCGAAUCAUUGGAUCGCUUAACAGCCAAAAAAAAAGUUGAAAAACUCCGAUGAAGCCCAAAUUUGGGGUGCAACUUCUUUGACUCGUAGGCGGCCCAGUUUGUCAGAGAGAGUAUCCAUUCUCUGCGUAAGCAUUGUUGACAAGGUACUAAUACAGAUGGAAAUCACAUUUCGAAUUAAUUCGUGAUAAACUUGUUUUUAUGAUAAAAUUAAAGGACAUCAAAAACACGCAUUUCUUUCCUGCCGCCCUAAUAGAAGAAAUACAGCCAGAAUAGCGACAGAGAUUUAUCAGAAAACCGGAGAGACGUUUUUCAAAACUUUCAGGUUCAACUGCAAGCUAUGGGAAACUUGAAUCCAAAAGACGUUCAAGCAGUAACGUGUCAUGGAACUGGAACGAAACUUGGUGAUCAGGUGCGUUUAAUCCUUUCCAUCCAAUCGAUCUCGUACACUUUAAGGUUGAACUGGCAGCGAUUUCUAAGUCCUUCUCACCGGAUAUUCGAGUUGUCGGACCAAAAAGGUAAAUUUUUACUUUUUUUUGAGAAUUGAGAAUGGGAAGUUUCAGUUCUCUUGGUCACGGAGAAGGAGCUGCCGGACUGGUUGGCGUUCUCCAGUCUCUGUUCAUCAUGCAACACAGCCUACUUCCUGCGCAACUGCAUUUGGAAAUGCCCUCAGAACACGUGGAAGAGAAGUCAAUGGCAUUCGUAUCGGAAGACGUCGACAUGAAAACUAUUGCCAUCAGUUCCUAUGGAUUUGGAGGAACCAAUGCCUGCGCUGUUCUCCAAAAACCAACGACAGAAUACACUCCCAUCAAAUGGAAAAACGAUACAAAGGUCCUAUUCCUCUCGGCUAAAUGCGAAGAAGCGUUGGAUUCAUUGAUUGAAAAUUAUUCUGAUUUCAUGGAAACAACUGACUCGACUCUAGAUGACAUCAUUUAUUCAACGAAUGUCAGAAAGACCAAGUAUGACGUCAGGGCGGCCGUUUUUGGAUCUUCGCGAAAAGAAAUCGCUCGAAAACUCUUUCAAAAAGACGUUCUGAAAGCAGCAGAAAACAACAGUGAGUAAUAAAUCAAAAUUUUUUUAGAGCUUUUUUUUCUCCGGAUCGAAGAAAAACUAGUUUUUUUUGUUGUUCUUGCUCCUUGAAUAGUCUGUAAAAUUGACUAUAAAAAAAUAUUUAAAUUAUAAAUUUUUUUAAGAGAAAAGACAAGCCUAAUAAAUUUGUUAUAACUCCAACCAAUGUACCGAUUUGUACCUUAGUUUCUUCAAAUCAAAAAAUUGUGGUUUUCGUCUUUUUUUUUGCGAAUCUUCAGACAUUUUUUGAGGCUAAGUGAAACCAACGUUUCCAUAAGAAUUUGUGCAUAAAAGUAAAAAGUAUUCUAAUUACAGACGGAACUUUUGAAAUCGAGUUCGGUGAAGGAAACGAAAAGCUUUGGCUUCUGAGAAUGCUCUACGAGGCUAACUCAACUUUUCGCAAAUCUCUGGACAAGUUCUGUCGGAUCGCUGAAGAGCAGGGAUUCGCAGAAGCUCGCUCGACGCUUUUCUUCCCGUUCAAACUCACAUUGACACCACUGACCAACAAUGUUUCACGCCUCAUUACCGCUCUGUCUACAUACGAUGUUCUGAGAAGCUAUGAAGCAGAGCCGACAAGUGUGCAUGGCUCGGGAAUCGGCCACGUCUUCUGUUUGGCUGCAACUGGCGUUGUGACUUUCCAGGAAGCAGUCACUCUUAUGAAAUGCAUCAUUGCUAACGGCGACAUUGCGAGCGUUUUGAAUGACAUUUCUCUGAACGCUGCCGAAGUUCCAGUCAGAACAGGGGCAGAAACAUCGAAUAGACCGCUUGCUGAAGACAUUAUUGCUCAAAUCAGCUUGCCCGCCACCACUAGCAAUUUGAUGAACUUCCGUAUAAAUCAAAAAAUGAUUUCGGAAACUGAUCCCAUCCGGAAACUUCAAGAAAUUAUUUGCAACUUGUUUGUUGCUGGUUAUGACGUUGCUCCCAAGUCGGAAGGAAACCUCGUAAAAACGCCAUCAUACCCAUUUUUGAAGAGAAGAUUUUGGCCUGAGCAUAAGACGCAAGCUGUCGUGGAGGCUGAGGUUGAGAAGGAAAGCGGUCUUUCUUUGAGUCCGGAAGAAGUUCUUGUUCUUGUGAGAGAAGUUUGUAGCAAGUUUGUAACACUUAAAGACAAUGACAGCAACCUCCUGGAAAAUGGGGAAAUGGACUCACUGACUUCAAUAGAGAUGAUAGAAGCGAUCGGCUCAGCUUCCGACCUUCAAAUGCCCUUUGAUAUCCUGGACACAUGUUCUACUGUAUCCCAAUUGAGCGAAUUCGUUUUCGACAAACUUUCUCGAGGUGAAGGAGGAAAGAGAAAGACGGGAAAAAUAAGCGCACAAAGAGAAGUUGAAGACGUCAAAGCAUCAGUUAUCAGUGCCGAUUUCAAAUUUGCUGGUGUCGACGAUUUCGAAGAGUUCUGGGAUACUCUUUUAACCUCAAGAACUGUAACUGCUGAAAUGAAAGCUUUGAGAAAGAAACAAAGUGGCGGUGCUCCAAUUCUGCCGGUAGGCCUCCUGAAGCAUGAUAUCUCGCUCUUUGACAACGGCUUUUUUUCAAUUCCAAAAGACGACGCUCUUUUCAUGGAUCCUCAACACCGACUUUUACUCCACGCUGGAUACAACGCGUUGGAAAAAAGUGGAAUGACUGCAAUUCCAGAUGCUGAUUUGUUCCUGGCCAUCAGCGCUCAUUCAGAAUACCGAGCAAUUGCAGAAGCUCACGUCGAAAAGCUUGACGAACGUCUUUGGAUGGGAACCGUGCACAGUAUGGCCGCCGGCAGACUGGCCGCUUUGAUGGGAGUUCGAGGAAAAGCCCUCGUCGUCGACACGACCUGUUCUUCUGUGGCUUCUGCCUUGGAGAUGGCGAUGCAGUCGCUGAAAAGAGGAAGAAAGUACGCGGUGGUUGCUACGAGCCAGCUGAUCCAGUCUUCGAAAUGGCUCCAGUCGCUGAACUCUUUGCUUCCGAAAAAUUCAACAAACUCAUUUUCCGUGGAAGCUUCCGGUUUUUGUCGUUCCGAUGGCGUCGGAGUGAUUAUUUUGAAGGUGAGUGAAACAGUAAAGGUUGUGUUUUUUUUUAUUGAUCUUUUUGGUUUCAUGUGAAUUAUGAGAAUGAACUCAUAAGAAAGAAAAAUUUAGGCUUUCGAAGAAACAGACGUUUCCUACCUCACCAUCACUUCCGCAAAAAGUGUGCAUAGUGGAGCAGUAGUAACACCGGUUGUUGGAGCGAUAUCGCAACUUUUCGAGAAUAUUCCAGAAAUUGAUUACAUUGAAGGUGUGUUUUUUUUUACCAAAAUUGAUCUUUUAUCAAACUUUUGAAAAAAAGGUAGUAGAGUUUUCAAAGUUUGAAACAUCUUUUUCAAAAAAUGUUUUUGAAGUUUCAAUAUGUAAUCUCCAAUUUGAGGCCAUGGUACGGCAACCAUUUCUGGGGAUAGCGCUGAAACAAUGGCCUAUCAGAACGUCUCCAAAGAAGUUGUCAUGUCAUCAACGAAAGUGAUUCUUCAUCUGUCGAUUCUUUUUCUCAAGUUAUUCAGGCUCAAUUCGGACACUGUGAAGUCGCUUCUGGACUGAUGCAGUUGAUGAAAGUUGCCGCCUUGUUCAACAAACAGGAAAUCCCGUCAAUCGUUCAUAAUUAUCUUCCCAAUGAGCAUUUGAGGUAAACCAUUGCGAAUUUCUCCUUUUCACUGAAAAAUAUUUCAGGUCAAAUAACACGGUCCGUCUGCCGUUUGUUGGAGAAGAAUCGGAAAUCAACAGUUCUGCAAUCGUGUCGUUUGGAAUAACGGGAACCAAAACUGUAGUCACGGCAGAAAAAGCUCAAAAGUUUGAUGCGAACUCGCAGUCAAGCUGUCAAUUAUUGCUCUUCUCAGCCAAAACACGCGAUGCAGUGAGAAUGUUAGCCUCGAAAAUCAGUGAAAUGCUGUCUACCAGCAGUGAAAACUUGGGAGAUAUUGCAUUGGCUCUUCAAAAACAGAAGACUCAACACAAAUGGAGGAUGGCAAUCGUUGCUCGGAAUCAUGAAGAAGCCAUCGAUAAAAUUCGUCGCAAGCUUGUUGAAGAAGCCGAUGUCCGUGAAAAGAAGUGGCUCAUCCUCACAAAAGGAUAUGACAUCAAUUAUCCUUCCUUCGCUUUGAAUGCACCAUCUUUCGAAAAGUAUUAUGAAGACUGCUGCACAAGACUUCGCUUCACUCCUCUUUCGGAUUUGAACUCUUUUUAUCAUUCGUUUGCUGUCACUUAUUCACUCAUCAAAUUGUUUUUGGAGCACAAGAUCUCAACAAGUUUUGCUGUCACUGCGAAAAGCUGUUUGGCUGUUAUUGCAGCAACAGAAGCAACUCAACCACAUUAUCUGAAUGAUAUGAUCCACGCUCUGGCCAAAAACGAUGUCAGGCAACUGAAAAGGACAGCUCGGGAUGUCGUUCUUCAAAUUGAAGAUAUCGAAAUUUUCGACGGAAAAGGAAAGAAAAUAACCAACUCGAAAGAAAUGGUGGAGGCUGUCUUGCUCAAAGAAUUCGAAGCUGUUUCUUUCCCAAGUGGAACCAUUCUCUUGUGCGAAGAGCCUUUGGAAAAUUCUUCCGAUUAUGAGUCUAUUCAAAACUACAUAGAUUACUUGGAAUAUUUUGCGAAAGCAUACAUCAACGGCUCUCAUUUGACGUUCUCAGAAAUUUUCGGCGAAUCAAGGAAGUACGUCGCUCUGCCAGAAUAUCCAUUCAAUAUGAAGUCUUUUUGGCUUCCAAUGACUGAAAUUCCAUUCAAUCCAACUCCUCAAACAACUUCACCCGUUUCAAACGAGUACAAGUUUGAUGUGAACAAAGAAAAAUGGCAGCAUGUGAGAAAUCACGUGAUCAAUUCGCAAGUCAUUCUUCCAGGUGCGACGUCUCUGAGAUUGAUACACGAGAUGCAUGGAAAACAGCCGUUGACCGUUGCAAGUGUCGACUUUCUCUCAAAAGUUGUUCCGAAAGAAACGGAAAUGGUAUUCACGGAGAAAAAAGAUGAAGAUUUUUUGACGUUAAAAUGCGACGACUUGGACGCCGUUUCAUACAGAAUCCUACCGAAAGAAGAUUUUCCGGCUUUGCCGAUCGCUCAAAUAUCUGCCAAAGCUCAUGACAUUGAAGAAAUCUAUCAUCGUUUCUCUUUGAGUCAGUUAACAUAUCGCAAAGAGUUCCAAAUGAUUGACUGUGUUUGGUGUUCCGUGGGAAAAGGUGUCGCUAAUUUCAAGGAAAUCGAGAAACUUGAUGUUCUCAUCGACGGAGCUUUGCAAGCCAUGGUCCUCGGAUAUUUGAUAGAAAAUUCGGAUGACAGAAGUCCUUUUGUUCCUUUGAGCAUAGACAAAAUCACAAUCGUCAAUGACGACCUCAAAGGGAAGGAACUCAAAAGUUCGUUCAACUUCUCAUUUACUGAGUUGAUCAUCAAUGGGACAACAACUGUGUACGACGAGACAAACAAGGUUUCUCCAAUUCUCAGUUCAAUACAGAAGAUUAUUAAUUUUCAGCCAAUUCUUCACAUCGAAAACGUGAGCUUCAAAAAAUUGGUGGCCAGCGCUGCAGUUGGUUCGCUUACUAACAGAAGUACUACAAGCGCCAAGAGAAGAAGCACAAAAGUGAAUGAAGCUGCGAAGUGAGUUAAAAUCUCUUAAAACUCCUUUUUCUUAUAAGAGCAAGAAAAGUAUGAUUUGAUUAUUUGAGGAACAUCGCCAAAAAGUUAUUGGUCGACUGGUUUGAAGACAACUACAGUUGGACAGAUAUUGACGUCACCGCGGGUCUUUUCGAUCUCGGUCUGACAUCAUUGCACGCUAUCAAACUGAGAAACAUCAUCAAGGAAAAUUAUCCCAAUGCGUCAUCCACCUGCAUCUUCGAUUAUCCAUCAAUCAACGAACUAUCUGAAUAUUUGGCCUCAUUGAGUGGUUCUGCUGGAACCGAAAUUCCUAACGAUGAAUCUCACGAAGAAGAGGUGGAAGACCUUCAGCCGCCAACUCGAAUCAGCACUCAACCGAUUGGCGUGAUGGCCGCGUCGUGCCGUCUUCCUGGAGGCAUCUCAGAUCCUGCAGAGCUUUGGGAGCUUCUCAAAAUCGGCAAAAACACCUCUUCUAGAAUACCAGCUACCAGAGUUCGAUCGCGAGACGUCUUGAUCAAAGGUGACUGAACAAUAAAUUCCAGUGAAAAGUUGAAUUUUCAGGGCACAAAUAUGGAAACCCAGUAGAAGGAGGCAACUUUAUCACUCAAGAUGUUUCUCUUUUCGAUGCUGCUUUCUUCAAAAUUUCUCGCAGUGAAGCCGAACUGAUUGAUCCACAGCAACGGAUGCUGUUGGAAUGCGUUCAGGUGACUAUAAAUACGGACUGCAGACCGAAUAUUCAAAAUCAAAAAAGUAGCCGCAAAUGAAUUUUGAUCUGGCUCAAAAAAGUAAAUAGACAAAAUAAAAAAUAAAAAAUGAGCACAUAAAAAAAGAAACAAGAAAAGUGGGUAUGAAUUUUUUUUUUCCAAUGAAUUCUUUUCUACAUUUGUCUUUAUAGGAAUGCUUGGAAAACAGCGGCGUCACCGAUGCAAGCGACGUUGGCGUUUUCGUUGGACUCAUGGAAAAAGAAUAUCAAGAUAUGGCAGAAUCUUCUUCGAUACUUUCCAUGCUUGGUUCCAUGGCUGCUGUGAUUGCGGGGCGUGUGAACUAUGUUUUUGGAUGCCAUGGUUUGUUUCCUUUAAUUCACUUUCUAGAUUGAAGUGAAUGCGCCCUUUCAGGCCCAUCCGUGACUCUCGACACGGCCUGCAGCUCCUCUCUGGUCGCUCUGGAAAUGGCCGUCAACGCCUUGCUGGAUCAGCGCUGCUCUCGAGUUAUUGUGGCUGGAGUUAAUUUGAUCUUGAACGAAAAAGGUGAGAAAAAAGGAUGA